UAGAGGCGGAGGUCCCGAGAGGAGCGCCGCCUGGCCUGUGGCAGAGGCGGGUCGGGCCGACGCCAGGGCUCCAGAGCCUCCUGGAGAGGGCAGAAGGGGCUGUCCCGCAGGCCUAGUGGGCGCCGAGGAGGACUGUUGAGGCCUGGAAGUCCCUCCCCUUCCCCUUCCCCCUUUGCCGCUUUGUGGCAUUCCCCUCCCUCUACCUUCUCCUACUUUGAUAACCUGGCUAUGACUAGCAGAAGUACAGCCAGGCCCAAUGGGCAACCCCAGGCCAGCAAGAUAUGCCAGUUCAAAUUGGUCCUGCUGGGGGAGUCUGCGGUGGGGAAGUCUAGCCUGGUGUUACGUUUUGUCAAAGGACAGUUCCAUGAAUACCAGGAAAGUACCAUUGGAGCGGCCUUCCUCACCCAGUCGGUGUGUCUAGAUGACACAACAGUCAAGUUUGAGAUCUGGGACACGGCUGGGCAGGAGCGGUACCACAGUUUAGCCCCUAUGUACUACAGGGGUGCCCAGGCAGCAAUCGUGGUCUAUGAUAUUACUAAUCAGGAAACGUUUGCUCGGGCAAAGACAUGGGUAAAGGAACUACAGCGGCAAGCCAGCCCUAGCAUUGUUAUUGCCUUGGCAGGGAACAAAGCUGACCUUGCCAACAAGCGCAUGGUGGAAUAUGAAGAGGCUCAGGCAUAUGCAGAUGACAACAGCUUAUUAUUUAUGGAGACUUCAGCUAAGACUGCUAUGAAUGUGAAUGAUCUCUUCCUGGCAAUAGCAAAGAAGUUGCCAAAGAGUGAGCCCCAGAAUCUGGGGGGUGCGGCAGGCCGAAGUCGGGGCGUGGAUCUUCAUGAGCAGUCCCAGCAGAACAAGAGCCAGUGUUGUAGCAACUGAGGGGGUGGCUAGCAGCAAAUAUGUAUGGAGUUAGCACGAGAGCUAAGAAAUAACCUCCAUCCCCACCCCUCAGCACACUGAGCCCUGGCUCCCAAGGGCUGCCUCCCGACAGCUCCGUCAUGGCACUUUUUAAUGCUUCAGCAACCAACACCAGGCAGCUGUUGCCACGACUAUGCCCUACCUGGGGUUUGGGGUCACAUCUCCCCAGGACCUUCCUUCCAAAACAAACUUUCUUCACUUCGUGUUCUAGGUGCAAGACAGUGACCCCCUCAUUGUCCCCCCACCCCCAGUGUUCCCCAGUGUUUCAGAGAAGACUUUUGUCUCCUGCCUCCCAUCCCACCUCUCAUCAUGACUCCCUCUUGUUGAUCCUGUUUCUCCUCCUGACAAGAUGAUAAAGGGUAAUCCCAGGGACUGAGAAGGGGGGAUAUACUUUUAGUUACAUUAAAGACCUUGUAGGGAGGGUAAGGCUCACAGCAGGAGGGAGUGAGGAAACAUUUCUUUCUCAUUUUAUCUGGUAAGAGUUUCUUGUCUAUGAAACACUGUGGCACCAAUGAGUUGGACUUGUGGAGGGUGUUCCUAGGUAGGAGUGAGAACAGGGAGUCAAUCUCGCAGGCACUGAAUGGGAGUUUAUUAGUUAAUAAGACAAAGGCCGAGGUGCAGUGUCAUCCGUGGCUCUGGAACUUGUCCCAAGGCUGUUUUCCCUUUUGUCCCCAUCCACUAACCCCACUCGAGUGUGGGGAUUGGACCUCAGAGUGCUCCAAAGAAUCUUCACUGGUUGCCUGCACCUUUAGCUCUGCUGUGAUCUAAUUGGAGGAGGUACUCUGAUACUGUCCUCUGAGGCCUGUGUAUACAUAGGCAUUUCCCCUACCCUGGCCUUGAGAUGGCCUUAGCCCCGGACACCAUGCCCCUGCAGUUUGCACUUUAAUUGAUGCUAGUUCAGUCAAGAUACAUGUUUUUUUUUUUUGGGGGGGGGGGUAUUGAUUUACCUAUCCUUCAACCGUUUUAAUUAAAUGGAAUCUACAAUGAAUGAGGUUUGGCCCUAUAGAAGACAGUAACAGUGGCAGCUACUCAAAUCCAGUCUCCACUGCUAGCUUCCUCUGAUUCGUACCUCUGUUCUUGGGUAUAGGUUUGUCUGAGCAACUGGGGAGUGGCCUCGGAAUAGUAUGGGCCAUGGUAGUGGAGUAAAGAAGGUCAGGCAAAAGGAGUGUUCUAUCUUCCCAGGGUUCACAUUCAGUUUGCUAUGUCUUAACAUGUCUUUUCUACUUCCCUGUAAAUACGUGUAAGUCUUCUUUAUUCUCUGUACAGACUGCUCUGCCUCCUGGUUCCCAUUAGCCCUCUUCUCCUUUCGUUAUAUCUUGGUUUAGUUCCUCCUUCAUUCCCCACUUACUCUUACUUACUCCAUGUACCACUAGGGGCUCCUUCACAAAGGCUGCUUGUCCAAUGACAGGGCAGCUAGAAUUGAAGGUGCCUCACAACUGCCUUGUAUCAUCAGAGGGCUUUGGUCCUUCCUAAGUCUCUGGCCUCUCUGUCCUAUAUUAGAUGUUUGAGGGUGUCUGUGGGAAGCCAUCAAAGCAAGAGGAAACUUGGUAUUUUAGCCAGAGUUUGGGAGAAACAUGCAGAGGAAAGGAAAGACCACAGUAACCUCGAGUUGAGCCUUUCUGCCCCUUGGGCUCAGAGACUGACUGUGUUCCAGAGCAGCUGAGGAAUCCAUGAGGCCAAGAUUCUCAAGGACCCAACUUAGGUUCCUCCACUUAGGACUCAAUUCUCUUCCUUUUCCAGGGGCAGCCUUAGUUCUCAUGGCCCUGAAACAUAUAUUUACUUUCCUAGAACCUGUUCAUCUGCAAAAUACCCAGGCGCAUCCUUUUUACAAGUGGAGGCUCAAGGGAAGCUCUCCAAGUCUCUUAGAAACUUAAUUCCUUCUCUGCAAAAGUGAAGAUGUUUUAUUGCCUUGGGGCUGGGAAACCAUUUCCCUAGGCUUUCCCCUCCCUCCCUCCCUCCCUCCCUCCCUCAGGAACAGUAUUGGCCUUAGUUCCUGGGCCUAUCUGCUGCCUUCCCUCUCCUCCUGCCAGCUCUUCUGCCUUCGUUGGAGCUCUGUUGGGCUUGAGGGGUUGGUUUUGUUUUCUCCCCACCCUCCCCUGUUACCUUUUUUCUUUUGAUCAGUUUUUAGGGGGAGGGCUCAUCUUUUUUGCCUUUAUAUUUCUUUCCUAAGGAAGCGUUUGCCUUUCUUUCACUCUCCUAACAUAACAAUCGUGGUAACAGAAUGCAACUGCUGAUUUAUCGAUGUAUUUAAUGUAAGUAAAAAAGGAAAAAA